UAUUUUUGACUUGACAUCUGCUAAAAGAAAAUAUUCUGGAUCUGUUAGAAUGCUGCUAGAAGCACAUUUACCAGUGCUUGACCUGCUUAGCCAAAACUGGAGUCAAUCAUCUUUGAGAAUGUUAGAAAACAAUCUUAAAAUCAAUAAUAAUGAAGAAAGUGGUCAGGUACCACAGAAGUUUGUUCCUAGGACUAAUUCCGAGAGUAAUCCAAUGCAACAGACGCAAGGCACAGCUUUAGGUCAUUACAGUGAUGAAGCAAACAGUUCCAGUGAGUCAGAAAGCAGUUCAGAAUCUGACUCUGAGGUUGGAAUUCGCUCAAAUGACACCAGUAGCACAAUACCUUCACAUGUCACUACUUCUGAGUUGGGCCAGACCUCAAAUAGCAAGUGGCAACUUAACAAAUGGUUAAACAAAGUGAACACAGAGAAAAAUGACACCACCACUGUGAGCAAAAAUGGCAAGUAUGGGCUCAGCAACUAUCAGUUGCAACAGACUGAGAACCAAAACAUGGUGAAAGCUCCUUUACUCUGUCAAACAGAUUUCAAAGACCAAGAAAAUCAAACUCUUAAUGGAAAAAAACAAAGGCCUAGAAUGGCUCACAAAACUGUACGUGGUAAACAAGUGUUACUGACUGAUAAUGAAUCUGCCUCUGAAAGAAAGGUAUUGAGCAAAGAGCAGUCCAAGAAGAUAGUGAAAAUGUCAAUUGAAGAUGAUCUCAGUUUGCUGAACUCAGAGAACCAAAGAAUGAUGUGUUAUGAAGGAGGAAGCCAGGACUUAAGUACAUUUAAACAGGACAAAAUCAAACCCACUUCCAACAAAAUAGGGUCAAAAAGAGAACUGGAGACAAUGAAGCACACGGAACUUGAUAAAAAUGUAUCUAAAUCUACAGAAUUUGUUGGCGCUGAAUGUUUAUCAUCCUCAACCUCAUCAGACUCAAGACUGGAUUCUGACAAUAAAGUGUAUCUUCAAACCAAAUAUCCACCAACUUCUACUUCACAAGACAACCACAAAGUUCAUGAUUGCAGCAACACACUCAGCCGAGUCGGGAGCUGUAGUGCUGUCAACUCUGUUACUGGGACUAUUAAUGAAUCAAACAAUGACUCAGAAGGGCAACUGUUUGCUUUAGUUCCUUUUGGUCGAAAUGAACAACUUUCAUCUUUAAAAGACAGUGGAGACAAUGAGGAACUCAAGUCUCUCUGGGUAAAAAUAGACUUGAAACUUUUAUCAAGAAUUCCUGGACAGUUAUCCAAAGAGUUGCUAACCCAAAAAAAUGUUGCUGAGGGAAUUUGCAACAUCAGUGUCAAUAAAGGUAGCAGUUCUUCAAGAGAGAAACUAUCAACAAGAACAAUAAGAAAACGCAAGUGUGAAAACAGUAAUGCUGACAAGAAAAGUAAAAAGAACCAUUUUGACAACAAACAUUUUAUUGUGGGACUACCCUCUACUGACAACUGUUCUGCAUCAAAUCAAAAAGCUAUUGUUAUCAAUGAGUUAUCCAAACAAACAAAUGGGACAGAAAAAAUAAUUCAACCCUUUAUUUCGCCAUUACCUGGCAUCUCUAAUCUGAAGUACCCUGAUGAAAACAACAUCACUACUGGAGGAGGCAAUGAUACUGUUUCACCUGACAAAUCCUCGUUACCCUUACCUCCCUUAAAUUGGAAAUCUGAGUCUAAACUACAGAGUUGCAUUCAAGCCUCCAAUAAAGAUGUCCACAUUAACUCCAACAGCAAUCAACUUUGCAGUAAUCAAUUAUUUCAAACACCUCAAGAAAAUUCAUGGUGUGCGACAUCAAAGUGGCAAAAUGAUUCCUGCAGACCUAGGCUUGUUUUUGAUGACAACAGGCAGCAUAAUGCUGACUACUACAUGCAGGAGGCAAAGAGAAAGAAGCACAAAGCUGAUGCCAUGGUGGACAAGUUUGGAAAGGCGGUGAAUUAUAUAGAUGCAGCAUUAUCUUUUAUUGAAUGUGGCAAUGAAAUGGAACAUGGACCGCUUGAAGCCAAAUCUCCAUACAUGAUGUAUUCUGAAACAGUAGAACUCAUCAGAUAUGCCAUGAGACUGAAGAAUCAUUCAGAUGUAACAGCCACUCAAGCAGAUAAGCAGCUAGCUGCUUUGUGUUACCGUUGUUUGGCACUUCUUUUCUGGAGGAUGUUUAGACUUAAGAGGGACAGUGCAGUUAAAUAUUCUAAAGCCCUGAUCGACUAUUUCAAGUGUAACAGAAAAGAAGUGCUAACCAGUGGUAUUGCACAUACUAAUGUGCAUCAGAAGGAAUUGAGCGCACAUCAGUACUGCAGUCGUCCACUUAAACUCAAAUGUACACAUCAUCGCUGCAAUUUUGGGAAAAAACAGGACUCUGGUGAAACAGCUAAAAGUUCAAACCUUUGGGGAACCAGUGACAAGUUUAUAAGAACAUCUACACCAAUGGUAUCUACAUCCUCCCUUGUUAGUUCAGCUGGAUUGCUUGAGAGCAGUUCCAGUAACCGUGGAUCAUCCCCCUCUUCAACCAUUAACAUUCCACAACGUAUCCAUCAGUUGGCUGCUAACCAUGUUAACAUCACCAAUAGCAUUCUCUACAGUUAUGACUACUGGGAAAUGGCUGAUAAGUUGACCAAGGAGAACAAAGAGUUCUUUCAUGAUCUUGAUGCACAGAUGGGACCUAUAACACUACAAAGUAGUAUGACGCAGCUUGUUCGUUACACUCAACAAGGACUGCAUUGGAUCCGAAUCAGUAAUCACAUGUUGUAGUGCUCUUUUUGAAUGAUCACAUUCCACGUUCAAUUGUAAAGUGCUGAACUGCUCGUUAAUGCAGCUCCUGGCACAUUGAAGGGAAUUUUUGCCACAGAAUUUCAAAUCUUAACUUUGAUACUUCUUUGAUGUUAAAGGCUUCAGUCUAUGAAUUUGUGAAGAUUGAAGAAAC